CACACUGAACAGGGGACGGGAGAAAAUCUCCAAACGCAGCAAAGCCCCCCGCGUCUCCGGCCCUCCUCCACCUCGCCGCGCGCAGCAACGAGCCUCCAGCUCCACUCCACCCUAGGGUUUUCGGCGGCGAUGGCGGGCAAGGGAGGGAAGGGUCUGCUGGCCGCCAAGACGACGGCGGCCAAGAGCACCGACAAGGAUAAGGACAGGAAGAAGGCCCCCGUGUCCCGUUCCUCCCGCGCCGGCCUCCAGUUCCCGGUGGGCCGCAUCCACCGCCAGCUCAAGUCGCGUGCCUCCGCGCACGGCCGCGUCGGCGCCACCGCCGCUGUCUACUCCGCCGCCAUCCUCGAGUACCUCACCGCCGAGGUCCUCGAGCUAGCCGGCAACGCCAGCAAGGACCUCAAGGUGAAGCGUAUCACCCCGCGCCACCUGCAGCUCGCCAUCCGCGGGGACGAGGAGCUUGACACCCUCAUCAAGGGCACCAUCGCUGGCGGUGGUGUCAUUCCACACAUCCACAAGUCGCUCAUCAACAAGACCGCCAAGGAGUGAAGGAGGGCACCCCCCGUGCUGCUGCUUCCGCCUGACUACAGUCCAUCUAGUUGUGUACUUGUGCUAUGUUAAUUUAAGUGUCUGUUGUCACAGUCGGUGUAAGCUCAUCGUGUUUACCUGUACUUCUAUGCUGUUAAUUUAAGUUUUCUUCUGCUGGACAUGUUCUUGUUCCUGGGAGCAUUCAUGUGAAAUUCUCUUGUGCCUAUGCUUAAGUUUCUGAAGUUCUAAAUUCUAGUGGUUAAAUUGUUCA